GUCACCGAGCAAGAUUUCACAGAGAAGCAAGAAGAGAAUGAGGUUUGAGAAGAAAGAUCUGGAUGUGGUGCUGGUUCCUAGUGGCCUGCUCAUCAUGUUCGUCUACCAUCUCUUCCUCCUCUACAGAUACCUCCAUCAGCCCCACACCACCGUCAUGGGGUUCGAGAACUACAACAAGCGCCUCUGGGUUCGAGCCAUCAUGCAGGGAGAGAGGAGGGACAUUGGCUCGUGCGUCUCGGUGAUCUCUUCCAACAUAACCGCGGCGACCUUCCUGUCCUCCGUCUCGCUCACCCUCUGCUCCCUCAUCGGCGUUUGGAUCAGCAACAGCGGCAACAACGUCUUCGCAAGCGACCUCGUCUACGGUGACACCCGGCCCACCACCCUUGCCGUCAAGUACGUCAGCCUCCUUGCCUUCUCAUGCUUCGUCCAGUCAGCCCGGCACUUCGUCCACUCCAACUACCUGAUCAGCACGCCGAGCCCAAGCGUCCCCCUGAAGACGGUCGAGAUUGCCGUCAUCCGAGGCGGCGAUUUCUGGUCCGUUGGGCUCAGGGCGCUGUACUUCGCUCUGAACUUGCUUCUCUGGUUCUUCGGGCCAAUACCCAUGUUUUUCUGCUCCAUUUCCAUGGCCCUGUUCUUGCACUACCUCGACUCGAACUCGACUCCGUUGAUUGAGGAGUUUGAUGGGAGGGAAGUGGUAAAGAAGGUGGAGCACAGACUGUCUGAGAUGGCAAAGGCCAUUCACAGGCCUUCACAUUAGAAUUAGACCAGGCCUGAUUUGUUUGUGAACAUCUAGGAAGAAAAA